GGCAUGGAGGCACUGUGCCACCCAGGGCAAGACCUCGCCCUGUCUCCAGCUCCUCUCCCAGGACAUCCAACUACCUGUGUAACCCAGAGAUCUUUCUCCAGCCGGAUUCAAAGAGAAAUUUAGCGGGAAAAGAGAGGCCAAAGGCUGAACCCAACGGUGCAAGCUUUUAUAAUGCAGUCAUCCUCUGUCCUGAUGUCGCGGGGCCAGCGGGAGAAGAAAGCCAGUGCGUCCCGGGUCGCAGGGGCCGGUGGGGUUCGGAGGCACAAGCACCCCGCGACACUCCAGGUUCCCCGACCCACGUCCACGGAAGCCCCGAUUAUUUACAGCCUCAGCAGAGCACGGGGCGGAGGCAGAGGGGCCCGCCCAGGAGGGCUGCUACUUCUUUAAACCUCUGACGGCUGCUUAGUCACAGCCCCCCUCGCUUGGGUGUGUCCUUCGCUCGCUCCCUCCCUCCGUCUUAGGUCACCGUUUAAACCUCGAAUAAAAACUGCAGCCAACUUCCGAGGCAGCCUCAUUGCCCAGCGGACCCCAGCCUCUGCCAGGUUCGGUCCGCCAUCCUCGUCCCGUCCUCCACCGGCCCCUGCCCCGCGCUCAGGGAUCCUCCAGCCCCUUUCCCCCGCGCCCUCCGUUCUCUCUGGACACCAUGGACAAGUUUUGGUGGUACGCAGCCUGGGGACUCUGCCUCUUGCAGCUGAGCCUGGCGCAGAUCGAUUUGAAUAUAACCUGCCGCUUUGCGGGUGUAUUCCACGUGGAGAAAAAUGGUCGCUACAGCAUCUCUCGGACGGAGGCUGCUGACCUCUGCAAGGCUUUCAAUAGCACCUUGCCCACAAUGGCCCAGAUGGAGAAAGCUCUGAGCAUCGGAUUUGAGACCUGCAGGUAUGGGUUCAUAGAAGGGCACGUGGUGAUUCCCCGGAUUCAGCCCAACUCCAUCUGUGCAGCAAACCACACAGGGGUGUACAUCCUCACGUCCAACACCUCCCAGUAUGACACAUACUGCUUCAAUGCUUCAGCUCCACUUAAAGAAGAUUGUACAUCAGUCACAGACCUGCCCAAUGCCUUUGAUGGACCAAUUACCAUAACUAUUGUUAACCCCGAUGGCACUCGCUAUGUCAAGAAAGGAGAAUAUAGAACGAAUCCUGAAGACAUCUACCCCAGCAACCCUACUGACGAUGACGUGAGCAGCGGAUCCUCCAGUGAAAGGAGCAGCACUUCGGGAGGUUACAUCUUUCACACCUUUUCUACUGCACACCCCAUCCCAGACGAAGACGGUCCCUGGAUCACCGACAGCACAGACAGAAUCCCUGCUACCACUUUGAUGAGCACUAGUGCUACAGCAACUGAGACAGCAACCAAGAGGCAAGAAACCCAGGAUUGGUUUUCAUGGUUGUUUCUACCAUCAGAGUCCAAGAGUCAUCUUCACACAACAACACAAAUGGCUGGUACGUCUUCAAAUACCAUCUCAGCAGGCUGGGAGCCAAAUGAAGAAAAUGAAGAUGAAAGAGACAGACACCUCAGUUUUUCUGGAUCAGGCAUUGAUGAUGAUGAAGAUUUUAUCUCCAGCACCAUUUCAACCACACCACGGGUUUUUGACCACACAAAACAGAACAAGGAUUGGACCCAGUGGAACCCAAGCCAUUCAAAUCCGGAAGUGCUACUUCAGACAACCGCAAGGAUAACUGCAGAUGUAGACAGAAAUGGCACCACUGCUCAUGAAGGAAACUGGAACCCGGAAGCACAUCCUCCCCUCAUUCACCAUGAGCAUCAUGAGGAAGAAGAGACCCCACAUUCUACAAGCACAAUCCAGGCAAUUCCUAGUAGUACAACUGAAGAAACAGCUACCCAGAAGGAACAGUGGUUUGGCAACAGAUGGCAUGAGGGAUAUCUCCAAACACCCAGAGAAGACUCCCAUUCGACAACAGGGACAGCUGCAGCCUCAGCUCUUACCAGCCAUCCAAUGCAAGGAAGGACAACACCAAGCCCAGAGGACAGUUCCUGGACUGAUUUCUUUGACCCAAUCUCACAUCCCAUGGGACGAGGUCAUCAAGCAGGAAGAAGGAUGGACAUGGACUCCAGUCAUAGUACAACGCUUCAGCCUACUGCAGAUCCAAACACAGGUUUGGUGGAAGACUUGGACAGGACAGGACCUCUUUCAAUGACAACGAAGCAGAGUAAUUCUCAGAGCUUCUCUACAUCACAUGAAGGCUUGGAAGAAGAUAAAGACCAUCCAACAACUUCUACUCUGACAUCAAGCAAUAGGAAUGAUGUCACAGGUGGAAGAAGAGACCCAAAUCAUUCUGAAGGCUCAACCACUUUACUGGAAGGUUAUACCUCUCAUUACCCAGACACAAAGGAAAGCAGGACCUUCAUCCCAGUGACCUCAGCUAAGACUGGGUCCUUUGGAGUUACUGAAGUUACUGUUGGAGAUUCCAACUCUAAUGUCAAUCACUCCUUAUCAGGAGACCAAGAUGCAUUCUACCCCAGUGGGGGGUCCCAUACCACUCAUGGAUCUGAAUCAGCUGGACACUCACAUGGGAGUCAAGAAGGUGGGGCAAACACAACCUCUGGUCCUGUAAGGACACCCCAAAUUCCAGAAUGGCUGAUCAUCUUGGCAUCCCUCUUGGCCUUGGCUUUGAUUCUUGCAGUUUGCAUUGCAGUCAACAGUCGAAGAAGGUGUGGGCAGAAGAAAAAGCUAGUGAUCAACAGUGGCAAUGGAGCUGUGGAUGAUAGAAAGCCAAGUGGACUCAAUGGAGAGGCCAGCAAGUCUCAGGAAAUGGUGCAUUUGGUGAACAAGGAGCCAUCAGAAACUCCAGACCAGUUUAUGACAGCUGAUGAGACAAGGAACCUGCAGAACGUGGACAUGAAGAUUGGGGUGUAACACCUACACCGUUAUCUUGGAAAGAAACAACCGUUGGAAACAUAACCAUUACAGGGAGCUGGGACACUUAACAGAUGCAAUGUGCUACUGAUUGUUUCAUUGGGAAUCUUUUUUAGCAGAAAAUUUUCUACUCUUUUUGUUUUUUGUGUUUUGUUCUUUAAAGUCAGGUCCAAUUUGUAAAAACAGCAUUGCUUUCUGAAAUUAAGGCCCAAUUAAUUCAGCAAGAAUUUGAUUGUUCCAGUUCCCACGUGGAGGACUUUCAUCCCUCAGGUGUGCUGUGGAUGACUUCUAACAAAAACUACACAUACAUAUUCCUGAUUGCCAACCUUUCCCCCACCAGCUAAGGACAUUCCCCAGGGCUAAUAGGGCCUGGUCCCUGGGAGGAAAUUUGAAUGGGUCCAUUUUGCCCUUCCAGUAUCCUAAUCCCUGGGCAUUGAUGUCCAGUGAGGUUGGGGGUUGUGGUGUACUAGUUACACAUCUCCUUCAACAGACCCCCCUAGAAAUUUUUCAGAUGCUUCGGGGAGACACACAAAGGGUGAAGCUAUUUAUCUGUAGUAAACUAUUUAUCUGUGUUUUCAAAAUAUUACACCCUGGAGGUCCUUUGAUCAGUAUAAUUUUUUAAAGUUACUUUGUCAGAAGCACAAAAGGGUUUAAACUGAUUCAUAAUAAACAUCUGUACUUCUUCCAUCUUCACUUUUUGUGCUGUGAUUUUUCAGUUUCUAAACCAGCACUGUCUGGAUCCCUACAAUGUAUCAGGAAGAGCUGAGGAUGGUAAGAAGACUCUUCUAAGUCUUCAUCUCAGAGACCCUGAGUUCCCACUCAGACCCUCUCAGCCAUAUCUCAUGGAAGAUCAAGGAAGGCAGCACUGUUUAGUUUUUGACACUUUCCGAAGGUUUUCUGUCCUGUCCUGGAAUCAGAGUUGGAUGCUGAGGAGCUUCGGACUCUGUUAUGGUUUAAUGGCCAACUGUUCUCUCCUGUCAUAGGUUUUGCAAAGUCACAUUAAGUUUGCAUGACUUGUUAUCCCUGGGGCCCUAUUUCAUAGAGGCUGGCCCUAUUAGUGAUUUACAAAAACAAUAUGGAAGUGCCUUUUGAUGUCUUACAAUAGGAGAAGAAGCCAAUGGAAAUGAAAGAGAUUGGCAAGGGGGAAGGAUGAUGCAGUGUAGAUCCUGUUUGACAUUUUUAUGGCUGUAUUUGUAAACUUAAACUUUGACACAUCAGUGUCUGCUCUUGAUGCAGUUGCUAUUUAGGUUGAGCUAAGUGCCUGGGGAGUCCCUCAAAAGGUUACAGGGAUUCCCAUCAUUGGAAUCUUAUCACCAGACAGGCAAGUUUAUGACCAAACAAGAGAGUACUGACUUUAUCCUCUAAUCCCAUAUUAUCUCCCACUUGGCAAGUCCUUUGUGGCAUUUGUUCAUCAAUCAGGGUGUCUGAUUGGUCCUAGAACUUCCAAAGGCUGCUUGUAAUAGAAGCCAUUGCAUCUAUAAAGCAACAGCUCCUAUUAAAUGGUAUCUCCUUUCUGAGGCUCCCACUAAAAGUCAUUUGUUACCUAAACUUAUAUGCUUAACGGGCAAUGCUUCUCAGACCACAAAGCAGAAAGAAGAAGAAAAGCUCCCAACUAAAUCAGGGCUGGGCUUAGAGUUGAUCUGAAGAAUAUCUUUAAAGGAGAGAUGCCAACUUUCUGCACUAUUCCCAGCCUCUGCUCCUCCCUGUCUACUCUCUCCCCUCCCUCCUUCCCUCCACUUUGCCCCAUAAUCUUCAAAAACUUCCCUUCUUUUCUGUGAACAUCAUUGGCCAGUUCCAUAUUCAGUGGUCUGGGUUUCUUUUUAUUUUCAAUUUGAAAGAAACUGGACAUUAGGUCACUAUGUGUUGUUCCUGCCACUAGUGUGCAAGUGCCCCUUGUUUUCCCAGAGAUUUACUGGGUCUGCCAGAGGCCCAGACAGGCUCACUCAAGCUCUUUAACUGAAAUGCAACAAGUCACUCUGGGACAAGGUUCAAAAUGGUUACACCAGCCUCUACCUGUCCCCCCAGGGAGAGAGGGGUAGUGAUACAAGUCUCGUAGCCAGAGAUGGUUUUCCACCCCUUCUAGAUAUUCCCAACAAAGAGGCUGAGACAGGAGAUUAUUUUCAAUUUUAUUUUGGAAUUAAAUACUUUUUUCCUUUAUUACUGUUGUAGUCCCUUACUUGGAUAUACCUCUGUUUUCACGAUAGACAUAAGAGAGGUCUAGAGCUUCUAUUCCUUGACCAUUGUCAAUGGAGAGCUGCCCAAGUCUUUACAAACCCUUGUAACAUUGCCUGAAGUUUAUGGAAUAAGAUGUAUUCUCACUCUCUUGAUCUCAAGGGUGUAACUCUGGAAGCACAGCUUGACUACAUGUCAUUUUUACCAAUGAUUUUCCAGGUGACCUGGGCUAAGUCAUUAAACUGGGUCUUGUUUAUAAAAGUAAAAGGCCAACAUUUAGUUAUUUUGCAAAGCAACCUAAGAGCUUAAGAUGUCAUUUUUCCUGCAAUUGUAAAUCUUUUAUGUCUCCUGAGGACUUCCCUUAAAAUUAGCUCUGAGUGAAAAAUCAAAUGAGACAAAAGACAUCUUCAAAUCCAUAUUUCAAGCCUGGUAGAAUUGGCUUUUCUAGCAGAACCUUUCAAAAAGUUUUUUAUUGAGAUUCAUAACACCAAGAAUUGAUUUUAUAACCAACAUUCAUUCAAUACUGUUAUAUCAGGAGUAGGAGAGAGGAAACAUUUGACUUAUCUGGAAAAGCAAAAUGUACUUAAGAACAAGAAUAACAUGGUCCAUUUACCUUUAUGUUAUAGGUAUGUCUUUGUGUAAAUCAUUUGUUUUGAGUUUUCAAAGAAUAGCUCAUUGUUCAUUCUUGUACUGUACAAUGACCACUGUUAUUGUUACUUUGACUUUUCAGAGCACACCCUUCCUCUGGUUUUUGUAUAUUUAUUGAUGGAUCAAUAAUAAUGAGGAAAGCAUGAUAUGUAUAUUGCUGAGUUGAAAGCACUUAUUGGAAAAUAUUAAAAGGCUAACAUUAAAAGACUAAAGGAAACAGA